AUGGCGAAUUCGACUUACUUGUUCUUCGUCGCCAUUUCACUCGUUCUUGUGGGUAAUCUUGUUUACAGCUACCCGGAAAAUUAUUGUAUUCGAUUUGAUACGGAUGUAAAAGGUGCUAGCAAUCCUAUCAUCAUAAAUAUUACACAAAAAUGGGCACCUCUUGGUGCCAAUCACCUCUUCAAUGUGAUUAAUUCCAAAUUCUACGCUGUUCCUUCGGCUUUCUUUCGUGUCGUUCCCAAAUUUGUUGUACAAUUUGGAAUUAGCGGUGAUCCACCACAGAAUAUCAUCUGGGACAAACCAAUCCAAGACGAUCCAGUACUGAUGUCUAACACUGUUGGAACGCUAUCGUAUGCUACUGCCGGUCCUAAUACUCGUACAACUCAGUUAUUUAUUAACUACAUUAAUAAUACACGUUUAGAUCCAUUGGGUUUUGCACCUUUAGGUAUUGUUACCACAGGUUUAGACACUGCCAAUGCUAUCUUCAAUCCUACUCCAGGUGAUCCGAAUGGUGUUGAUCAAGACAAAUAUUCUAAGCAAGGCAAUGCCUGGAUUCGACUGAAUUAUCCUCAAAUUAAUUUCAUCACCAAAGCUUCCAUUACAUAUGAUUGUCCUGUGCGUUCCAAUGAAAACUAA